CCUUACUCCAUACAUCGCUUCUGCAGAUAUUAUGAUCAACGCUUUGUGAAUAGUCCAACAUACUACUUUCGCCUACAGAACCAACACACAACUGGGGAGCAGUUCUUGAACGCAAUCUCCACCAAAGAUCAAGUUGAAUCAUCGGCCUCGUCGCCACCUUUAAACAGCCAUCGAGCUCAUCUAUUCACUCACACCAAUCAAGCUGGCUUGGUUCUGGACAUCACCUCCCUCAUCUUCACCCUCGCCUUCGCCCUUCAGACCUGCACAGCCAGGCAGCAAACGACCGAUCAUGUCCAAACCCACCUCAACACCGACAGAACUCACCCCCCAAUUCUGCUUCAACACCCGAGUCCUGCGCGACUUCCUACGUCUAUCCCGCGCCAGUAUCGACGACAGCAUCUCCACGAACCUCAACGCUCUAAUAACGCCCAGUACAACAUCACCCUUCGACCCGUCCUCAACGUCAAUCCGCAACCCAUCCCUCCCCUCAUCACUCACCCGCCAACCCAUACCAAAAGACACAUCCAAAACAUUCCUCGAAUCCGUACUCUUCCCGUCCUGGAACUCACGAUCCACAGUUAUAUCGUACUGCACAUCAGUAGCAACGUCCCCGGACCCAGAUGACCCGGAUGUGAUCGAGCGGGAAGUCAUGAACAGAAAAGAAGCAGAUAGGAUAGUAGACGAGCGACUGGACCCGUACUCAGGACGAUUCUUCCCUCGAGAAGCGCGGACGGAGCAACUUGCUGCGCUACUGCGCAAUGAGUCCGCGGUGGAAGGUAUAGUCAGGACGAGGACGUGGGGGAUCGUUGCCGAUCGAUGCGACGGUGUCAACAGUACCUGGGAGGACGCAUUUGAUAAGUGGCGAGAGCACAAACGAAGGUCAACAUGAGAUCAGACGCGGCUAUAGAUAUAGCCCAUGUGUUUUAUACGAUUCCACUCCGAAGAGCAUCCUUCAUAAAAGCAAGCGGAAGGACUCGAAGCGCCAAAUAUUCCAGCAUGAAAUGAAAAUGUCAUAUGUCAUUGUAUAACUGGU